ACGAUGGCAUCGUUUAUUUCUCGGCUUGGAGGACGAAUUGUCGCUAAAUCUGCGACAAAACAGCGCCUCUUCAUCCAGCAACAGGUGCGAUGGUGUGCUGUGGCCGCAGGAAGCACGGAACACACACUCAGUGUACAGAAAAGAAUCGAGAAAACACGUGCGGCUGCCGUUUUGGGAGGUGGGCAGCGCAGGAUUGACAACCAACAUAAAAAGGGGAAGCUAACUGCACGGGAGAGGGUUCACCUUUUGUGUGACCCAGGCUCUUUUGUGGAAUAUGACAUGUUUCUGGAGCACAACUGUACAGACUUUGGUAUGGACCAUGAAAAGUACCCAGGGGACAGCGUGGUGACGGGGAGAGGUAGAGUCAACGGGAGACUCGUGUUCAUCUUCAGCCAGGAUUUCACUGUAUUUGGGGGAAGUUUAUCUGGUGCUCAUGCGAAGAAAGUUUGCAAGAUAAUGGACCAGGCCAUGCUGGUAGGAGCUCCAGUGAUUGGGCUGAAUGACUCUGGCGGAGCUCGCAUUCAGGAAGGGGUGGAAUCACUGGCUGGGUAUGCUGACAUCUUCCAGCGUAAUGUGAUGGCGUCAGGUGUUAUUCCUCAAAUCUCGCUCAUUAUGGGACCAUGUGCAGGUGGAGCUGUAUAUUCUCCUGCUUUGACAGAUUUCACCUUUAUGGUCAAGGACACUUCCUACUUGUUCAUCACUGGCCCCGAUGUCGUCAAGUCAGUUACAAAUGAGGAUGUCACUCAAGAGGAACUUGGGGGUGCCAAGACUCAUACAACUACAUCAGGUGUGGCUCACAAGGCCUUUGAGAAUGAUGUGGACGCCUUGAUUGAGCUGAGAGACUUCAUCAACUUCCUGCCCCAGAGUAACCUAGAUGCUGCCCCAGUCAGGGUCUGUGAGGACCCUUGGGAUCGCCUGGUUCCAGGUCUUGAUACCGUGGUCCCACUGGAAACUACAGCAGCCUAUGAUAUAAAGGAUGUGGUGAACGGUAUUGUUGAUGAGAGAGAGUUCUUUGAAAUUAUGCCAAACUAUGCCAAAAAUAUCAUCAUUGGCUUUGCUCGAAUGAAUGGACGCACCGUGGGAAUUGUGGGAAACCAGCCUAAGGUUGCGGCAGGGUGUCUGGAUAUCAAUGCCUCAGUCAAGGGAGCCCGCUUUGUCCGUUUCUGUGACUGCUUUAACAUUCCUAUCAUCACCUUCGUUGAUGUGCCAGGAUUUUUACCAGGCACUCACCAGGAGUACGGAGGAAUCAUCCGACAUGGAGCCAAGCUUCUGUUUGCUUAUGCUGAGGCAACUGUCCCCAAAAUAACAGUUAUCACUAGGAAGGCGUAUGGCGGGGCAUAUGACGUGAUGAGCUCUAAACAUCUCCGUGGAGACGUGAACUAUGCCUGGCCUACUGCUGAGGUUGCUGUCAUGGGGGCAAAGGGUGCUGUAUCCAUUAUAUUCCGGGGUAAGGACAACCAACACGAUCACGAAGAGGAGUACAUCGAGAAGUUUGCUAAUCCCUUCCCUGCUGCAGUACGAGGUUUUGUGGAUGACAUCAUCGAACCUAACAUGACACGGAAGAGGAUUUGUCAAGAUUUAGAUGUCCUGGCGAGCAAAAAACUGAAAAAUCCAUGGAAGAAACAUGCUAAUAUUCCUCUCUAAUUAACUCCUACAAAAACAGCAUUUUUUUUUUUUUUUCACCCUGUUCCAAGUGAUGCUGUAGAACCUUCUGCAACACAGUAAGUCUUGUGUUAAGUCUCUGUAUCAAACAUUAACCUGUCUCAUUAAAGACAGUGCUAUUGAUGGAGUUUCAGGAGCUGUUACAUGUAAAUGUCGUGCAAAUGUAACAGUAAAAAGGUUUCAUGUUAAUGAGAUUCCCGGGUAAGGAAUAACUGGAUGGUAACUUAAGAGAGCUAAAUGAACGUAUAGUUUAUUGAGUAUAUGCUGGUAUGAAUUCCUAUUUCAAAAUUAAGACAUGGCAGUAAUUGUACACUUGUUGGUUUAGAUACUUCAGAUGUACAAUUGGCAUUUUGUGAUGCAUUUACUAGUAUAUAAAAGGGAGAGUAGAAUGAUGAUGGGUUGAGGACUUUUUCUUUACUGGUAAUCUACUGUAUUUGAUAAAACUGUUGCUAAAAAAAAUUUGUUUUUUAGCUUUGUGAGGCAUGGAAUAAUAGUUUUUGUUGUUUUUUUUUCAGAUUCUUUUGCUUUCAUACAUUUUAACAUUUGAUUUUAAUUAUGAUACACAUUCAUUUAAGUAAAAGUUUUUAAAGUGGGGUUUGGGUACUAAAACUGUUUGUGCAACAGUGCUAAACCAACACUCUCUACCAGUGCUUCAGUUGUUUUGUUACUAAUUCCAUAAUGACAUGAAUGUAUUUUGUUUUCCUUUUUUUUUUCUUGUUUUUUUGAAAAUUUUAUUUAAAAAUCUAUCCUCAUUCAUUUACUUCCAUGUCAUCAGCUUCCAAAGUCUCUAAGGAAUCAGGCCAGUGUAUCUCCAUCAGAGAACACUGCUCAACUUGUCAGAAAACAGCUUUAAAUGUUUUAUACUAUCUCAUAAUUCCUGCACACACAGUUUAAGCAGGUAGCCAUUGUUGUUCAUGGGUGUAACACAAGCAUUGCCGGUUACCUUGGUCUGUCAGCAAACUGCAGAUGGUCUUGGGUUUCCCCAACUCAGGACUCUUCCCAAUUUCCUUUCACUGUAGUGAUGACCGUCGUCGUAUAAGUGAAAUAUUCUUGAGUACGGUGUAAAAUCCGAAUCAAAUAAAUAAAUAAACCACUGUGAGGCCCAAAUCAUGUUUGCCAACAAGACUCACUGGAUCACUGCGUUAUUGCAAUCAAAAGAGCAAAGUUAGGAAGUUUAAUGAAGAAGUGAAAAUUUAAAUCUCAUCAGACAGGAUUAUGCAGGUGUUGCGUGAAGAACUCUACACAUUGCACACAGAGAAGGUGUAAGGAAAAGCGUUUAAUUUUUAACACUGAAAAUAUCUCACCUCUAAGCAAGCUGAUGUUACUUACAUGUACAAGAGUGAUCAGACUUAUAUUUACAAAUGCAUUUCAUUGGCUAAAAUUCAAGGUAAAUCAGUAUGUCUGCCAUGGGUGGCGCAUCCAUUUCUCCAGUUUGUGCAUCUUAACCAUACGUGUCAAGGUCAUACUGUGGAUACAAAUCAGAUGAAAUAUUUGUAGUGUAUGAUGUGAAUCACAGUGAAAGUAAAUCAAUAGAACUGCAUUUUCACGAGGUGUUACAGUUUCCUGUUGCAUCAGACAAUUGCUGGUAAAUAUUACAUAAAUAUAUACAUAUAUAAUCAUAUUUUGCAUUUAUUGUACAUGUAGUCUCAGAGUGAUGCGUUUGGGUUGUACAUCAGUUUCGUUGUGCGAAACGCUCCUAAGGUAUGACCAAAACAAAAAAACUGUGCCAUAAAAAAGUAUAUAAUGUUGUGUAAUUUAUUUGUGUACAAGUAGGAUAUCUAUUGUGUCUAAAAUCUUAAAUUUCUAAGGUGUCAUUUGAGGACCAGAAAGAAUCAUGUUAUUACAGAUUUGUUAUCAGAGUUUAUCUCCAUCAUGUGAACUUUUUGAAUCUCUUGAUUGUAUCUUGAUAAUGGAUUAGGUAGAAUUAAUAUUUGUUAUCCUGAAAUCCAGUUGUUUGAUGGCUAUGAAAAUCAGUGUUUCACAGAUGCUGGUUUUAAGUGACACAUUUUGCUUUUUUCUGACUGAUUACUUGUCUUAUAGGGCCAGUUAAGAGUUUUUGUCCAGUUUGAUAGCUUCUUAUCAGAAAAGCUUAAAGAGCCAUUCCGGUGCACACCCAUUUCAGUGUGAAAUCGCUACUAUGUGACAUGGAUGUAUAGUAUGUACAAACGGUUAUCACGUAAAGAUAUGUUAAGCUUCUUGGGCAAUUCAACUGAUGCUACUAUGGCUCCACAAAAUUCCUGUUGACGUCUCCUACUCAGAAGACCACGUCAUCCGUGAAAAAGCUUUAGUGUGAUUGAAGAUGCUGCAGAUUACGUCGCUCCAGAAAAAAUGACGUCACUCCAGAAAAAAUGACGUCGCUCGAGGAAUUUGUAUGGCUGAAAAUUUUGUUGCUGUAAGCACUCAGUAUUAGUAGGAUUAUUUGAAGACCUGAGAAAAUCCAUGCCUGGUAUAUGAAAACACGCAUGUUGUGCUGGACAGGAAACAGUUUACUUUUCUUCUUCCGUUCAUCAAUAGAAGAAUCUGGGCUGAAAUGGCUCUUUAAGUGUUGGCAUCAGAAGUAUCAGUUAAAUGAUUUUAUGUGCUUCUGAAAGGACAUAUUUACAGUCCAAACUUUAGAUGGCAUAUGGUAUUUGAUUUUCUGCUGAUUAUGCAAAACCUUAUUGUCAUAUAUGAUUACACCCUAGCUUCACCAUGCAAAGUUCACAAUAGAAUAACAGUAGAAUAUAAAACAUUUUUAUUCUUAUUAAAAUGUCAUAAAAACUACAUGUAUCUCCACAGAAAUAAGGCAAAACCACUUUUUUUGUUAUAUACAUGUAAUACUGUUUAUAGAAAUGUUACAAAUUCCAAAUUUUCACAAACAAAUAGGAUACUAAAGGAAAGCCAUUUUUCACAGCCAUAAGAUAACAUUUGUUCGAAGUCGGUGUUUCACAAGGUAUACAUACAUACAUGUAGUGUUGUGUGGAUGUAACUACCUUGGCGGACAGUACUGUAGUUAUUACAGUGGUGUGUUCGUUUCACCUACAUAGAGGUACCUGCAGUUUUCUGUUGUUAAUGGGCAACUGGAAUAGAUGUAAAUACCUCCCCAGGGUAAUAAAAAGGGGACAGGGAACAAUUUUGGGUAAAUUUUACUGUAUUGGAAAUCAGACUGGAAUUGUCAAAAAUGUGAGAUUUCAUUUAGAUGACUGUCUCUUCCCAGCCAUUGAGUUACAUGUAUGGGUCUAUAUCUGGUUCAGGACAACUACAGUAUUCCAUAUUUUGAUGGAUUCAGAUCAAUUCAUCCACCUUUAAUAGGGCCACUUACAAGAGUUUCUAUUUAUGUGAGAAAUGUUAUUUAUUUCCUUUCAGAAAAAUAUGACAGUGUUGGCUCAAAAGUGUCAUUUUAGGCCUAUAUUUGUUUCUGAAAGUGUAUUUUUACAGGCCAAGCUGCAGGUGAAAAACACUAAUUACUUUCCAGGUGAUGUUUUCAUGUUUUCUUACUCUAGAUUUAUUACGCAAAGUUUCUUACUGUCAGUGCUACUUUCUUGCCUCAAGGCUACAGUUGGUACAAACUAAUGUAUAUCCUGUAUAAAACAGGAUUUUGUGAACACUCUUCAUCAUGUAGUUUUUCAGAGGUCUCUCUCCUUUGUAAUUUCAUUAUUUUUGUUGCUGUAAGUGCUACAUUUGUUCCAUUUCCACAUAUCGUUCCCAUGUUCAGCUGACCAGUAAUACGGUGCUUUUGUCUUGUGUGUGGAGAUGUCAUGGUUAAAUCAUACUUAAAUUUCAUUCAAUAAAAUUUAAUUAACAUCUGUAAGACAAAUUUUGAGUUCAUUUGUUUA